AUGAGUGCGGACUACGAGAGUGACUAUUUUGUGCGCAGUCGGAAAGUGCGCGAUAAGCCGCCGCUGUGGGACUCAUUUCAAGAUCCGCCAGCGAAGCGUACAAGUGGCUCCGAUGCCUACUGGAAAAAGUUGCAAUUUUUCCUCAAACUUUUCAAGCUUUUCACCUAUCUGCUGGUGUUUGGUGUGGUACUGGGCUCUAGCGUGGCAGCCAAUCUGAUUUAUUUGUAUAUGGCUGGCAAUACAAAUGGCGAUGCAAAGGUGCGAGUGUGCAGCAAACACCCAGUUCUACUCGAUGGCCAGGUGAUGGCAGUGCGCAGCAAACUGGAACAAAUUGCCUGGGUAUGGGCCCUGAUCUUUGCCUUUGCCGCACCCGAGCUGUUCACCUUUCUGCGCGCCCUGCGCAUCACCAUGUUCAAGCGAGAGCGCCGGCCCAGCGGACUGGAAGUGACGCUGGUCACACUCUUCGAGCUGCUGCACGUCGUUGGCCUGGCCCUGCUCACCUUCACCGUGCUGCCCCAGCUGGAUGUCACCCGUGCUGCAAUGCUGGGCUGCUGCGUCUGCUUUGUGCCCGCGCUGCUCAACCUGUUGACUGGCACACGUUUGCAUUGGAAAUCUGCGGACAUGUUUGUAUACGGCACCUCCAUACUGGCGAUGAUAUCACAGGGCAGCGUCUUUCUCAUUUGGCCAGCCAUGUCCACGCAGCUGGAGGUACAGCUGCUGGCAAUACCAUUGCUGUUGGUCUCGUUCCGCUGGUGGGAGAACUUUGCCAAUACGCACGAGGCGAUAGCCUAUAUAAUACGCAAUAUACGCUGUACUCGGUCCCGCUACCACACGUACCUUUAUCUGGCACCUCUUAAAAUUGCCGUCUUUGGCUUGAUGGGUUUUCUGUUGCACGGCGAGCAUUUCUUCGACUACUUUACGCUGUUCGUCAAGGCUUGGCAAUCGCAUACCAUAACGCUGACGCACACGGAUGGCUUGCAGGAUACGCUAAAUUUGGCACACACGACCAACGCCUCAUUUAUCAAGCCCGCAUCGCUGGGACAGUAUACGCUACAAUCGAGCAACAGGGCCGUUGUCUACGCACUGCUGCUGCAGGUGGGCGCUGCCUAUUUGUGCCACAUUUUCGGCAAGUUCGCGUGCAAGAUUAAGAUACAGCAUUUUAGCUACGCGCUGCCGCUCAACCUGGCCGCGCCGGUAACUGUUUGUGUGGCCACAUUGCUGGCGCAGAUGCGUGCAGCUGAUCUGUGCUCGCUGCACGGCCUGCUGCCCGAUUACCUGACGCUGCAGCCACUUGCCCAGGAUCUGGGUCAGCUGGGCGCACUGAGCCUGGAGUAUGCGCUGUGGCUGUGGCCACUUUGGUGGCUCGCCCAAAUCUGGACGUGCCUGCACAUCUGGCAGCCGAGAAACGAUAAGAACGCGCCCACCGAGAAGCUGUACGUGUGCCCAUGGUACUGUGGCCUACUCGUGGAUCAGUGCUCGAUGAUGAAUCGCCGCAUUCUCGACUGGAGCGAUGAGUACCUGGCCAUCAAGAGCGAUUUAACGACACCCAGAGAUCCAGUCUUGGCCCUGGCUGCCGACAUUAAUGCCAGUCGCGAUAUACAGGAGCAGGAUAAAAUACCGCAACUGAUUGUUUGUGCAACAAUGUGGCACGAGACCGAGGAGGAGAUGAUAGAAUUUCUGAAAUCAAUUGUACGCUUGGAUGAGGAUCAAUGCGCACGGCGAAUGGCAAAAACGCAUCUAAACGGCGGCAAAGCGGAUGAUGAAUACUAUGAAUUGGAAACUAACAUAUUCUUUGAUGAUGCUUUUGUACUGGACGAGAAACACUGUCAGAACAAACGGAAUCCUCCACUCAAUGAGUACGUGAAGACACUGACACGAACUAUAGACAAGGCUGCUUUCGAAAUCUAUGGCGUUAAUAUUAAAAUCAAGCCGCCAUUGAAGAUUGAAACGCCGUACGGAGGCCGUUUGGUCUGGACACUGCCGGGACGCACCAAAAUGGUGGCACAUCUGAAGAACAAGGACAAAAUACGGCACAAGAAGCGCUGGUCGCAGGUCAUGUACAUGUAUUACCUGUUGGGCUUUCGCAUCAUGGAAACGGAGCAGCUGUCGGCACGUCGCAAGGCUGUCAUUGCGGAGAACACAUUUCUGCUGGCGCUAGAUGGGGAUAUCGAUUUUCAGCCGCGUGCUGUGCAGCUGCUCAUUGACCGCAUGAAGGCAAUUGAUGAGCUGGGCGCCGCCUGCGGACGCAUACAUCCUGUCGGUCGCGGGCCCAUGGUGUGGUAUCAAAAAUUCGAGUAUGCGAUUGGACACUGGCUGCAAAAGGCCACAGAGCAUGUAAUUGGCUGUGUCCUGUGCAGUCCGGGCUGCUUUAGCCUUUUUCGCGCCAGCGCCUUAAUGGAGAACAGUGUCAUGAAACGUUACACCCUGGUCAGCUCGGAGGCCAUGAAGAUGGUGCAAUACGAUCAGGGCGAGGAUCGCUGGCUUUGCACGCUGCUGCUUAAACAGGGCUCUCGCGUGGAAUACUGCGCUGCCUCCGAUGCCUUUACCCAUUCGCCGGAGUAUUUCAAUGAGUUCUACAAUCAACGCCGACGCUGGGUGCCCUCGACAAUAGCUAAUAUCUUCGAUAUCCUGGCCGAUGCCCGCACCGUGGUGAAGAAGAACAACUCCAUAUCCACAUUGUACAUUAUGUACCAGGCCAUGCUCAUGAUUGGCACUGUCCUCGGUCCUGGCACCAUAUUCCUGAUGAUGGUUGGCGCCCUGGUCGCCGUCUUUACCAUUGACAUUUGGACGGCAUUUCUAUGGAACUUCUUUCCCAUAAUCAUUUUCAUACUCAGCUGCGUUUAUUUGAAACAGAAAUUCCAGCUUCUAAUUGCAUUUGUGAUCAGCGCUCUCUAUUGCCUGGUCAUGAUGGCUGUGCUCAUCGGCAUCAUUGUUCAAAUGCUCGAGGAUGGUCCGCUGGCGCCUGCCUCGCUCUUCUUUCUCUUGGUUGCCGUUCAAAUCACAAUUGCAGGUCUGAUGCAUCCUCAGGAAUUUUGGGCUUUGCUGUGCGGUGUUAUCUAUUACAUAACAAUACCCUCGAUGUACAUGCUGCUGAUGAUCUAUUCGGUUUUCAAUAUGAACGAUGUUAGCUGGGGCACGCGAGAGGCGCCCGUGCUCAGAGAUGAUGGCGAGGAGUCGCCCAAUGAUCCCGAUAAUUAUUUGCCCGGCUGGCUAAGCGACCCGCUGCUCAUCGACUCGGAGCUGGGUGAAAUAUCGCUGGUGGAGCAACGCUUUUGGAAGGAUUUGAUCAAGCAGUAUCUAAAGCCACUCGAGCUGAGCAAGGAGCAAAAGCAAACUAUGGCCGACGAUUUGAAGGAGCUGCGAAAUAUGAUUGCCUUUGCGUUCGUCAUGGUCAAUGCAAUUUUUGUGCUGAUCGUGUUUCUGCUGCAGCUAAAAAAGGACUAUUUGCAUUUGAAGUGGCCCAUAGAUCCCAAAGAUUUUGUGUCCUUCGAUCGUGACAAUCUGCAUGUGGGCAUCUACAGGCAGUACAAGGAACUGGAUCCCAUUGGACUUUGCUUUGUCAUAUUUUUCGGCUUCAUAUUGGUCAUCCAGUUUAUUGCCAUGUUCUUCCAUCGCUUCGCCACAAUGUCACAGCUGUUGGCCACCACGCAGCUGGACUGGUUUCGCUCCAAUGGACAGCUGAGCGAUGAGGAUGCCGCCCUCGAGCUGAAUGGCAGCGCGGUGCACAUAGCUCGUCGGCUGCAACGCCCCAGGCGACUGUUCGACGAUGACGACGAUGUGGAUGCCCAUCACUAUGAUGAACUGGAAUUGGGCCCAGGCGAUGCACAUCGCGAGAGCUUGGCUCGCAGACAGACCAUCUUCAGGCUGCAUGAGACACGGAAUAAGCAGCAGAGCGAUUAUAGUGAUUUGGUUAGAAACUUUGAGAAGCGCUUUUUUAGCGAGGAUGAGCUGAACAUGAAGAAUCUGCCCUUGAGCCGCAAGUCCAUGAAACUCUUCCAGGAGCGUCGCUCUGUGGCCAAGGUCAAUGCAGCUGCCACGCCCGGCGGCACGCCCACGCCCAAAACGGGCAAGCGACCGCCCCUGGUGGUCAAUGCACAAAAAAAAGUGAGCUUCAGCAGCAGCAACACGCAAAUCUACAAUAACGGCAACACAGAAUUAUAAAAAAAACCCAGUAUUACCCAUGUGAAUCUGAAAACUAUACGAGUAUAUAUAUA